GGGCGCGUAGGGGCCAUGCCGCCCGGGCCCCGGGCCUGCUGCUCUUCACGCCCCGGCUGCCGCGCCUCGCGUUCGCGCCGGGAUGGUGAACCUGGCGGCCAUGGUGUGGCGCCGGCUGCUGAGGAAAAGAUGGGUGCUUGCCCUGGUCUUCGGGCUCUCGCUCGUCUACUUCCUCACCAGCACCUUCAAGCAGGAGGAGAGAGCAGUCAGAGACCGGAACCUCCUUCAGGUUCAAGACCGUGACCAGCCCAUUCCUUGGAAAGUGCAGUUUAACUUGGGCAACAGCAGUCGGCCCAGCAAUCAGUGUCGGAAUUCCAUUCAAGGGAAGCACCUCAUCACGGAUGAACUUGUUUCAGGAUAUGUAUGUGAAAGGAAGGAUUUGCUGGUGAAUGGCUGCUGUAACAUCAACGUCCCUAGCACAAAGCAAUAUUGCUGCAAUGGCUGCUUGUCUAAUGGCUGCUGCAGCGCCUAUGAGUACUGUGUCUCCUGCUGCCUGCAGCCCAACAAGCAACUUCUCCUGGAGCGCUUCCUUAACCGGGCAGCCGUGGCAUUCCAGAACCUCUUCUUGGCAGUUGAAGAUCACUUUGAAUUGUGCUUGGCUAAAUGCAGAACCUCAUCUCAGAGUGUACAGCACGAGAACACCUAUAGGGAUCCCAUAGCAAAAUACUGCUAUGGAGAGAGCCCUCCCGAGCUCUUCCCUGCGUGACGGGCACAGGGACGGAAAGCGGGUGAGGAGGGCUUGGCCGAAGCCAGACUUCAGUGUGCACACUGCACACUCUCGAGCUGGACGAGGACCGAGGCGGCAGGAGGAAACCUUGGUUCCAACACUUCCCCUGGUGUUCUCUCUGGCUUCACUGGGCCCUGGGCUUUACCUACAGAACGGCAUCGUAAAAGCCACCUGGCCAGCUCCAGCUUUGCUUCCCGGACAAGACCCAACUGCAGGCCGAGCUCUCGGUGCCGCGGACAUCUGUGGAUGACUCUACGGUGUACCUGCAAAGGGAAAGGGGAAUCGUGUUACCUCCAUGUUGGAACUCAAGUUUUCUCUGACACUUUGGACUGAGGCCCUCCCACUGUAAAAUUAUUUAUUGGAUUUUCUGUGGCGUUGUAGGACAGUUAAAAUGUUUGGUGGAGGAAAAUGCCUUGACUUUGUAGUUGAAUAUGUUCAAGGGAAAUUUGUGGGGGAUUUUGUUGUUCUUGUAUUUCUUGAGCUAAGUUAUUCUCCUUUUUGCCCAGAUAAAAUGUCUCAUUUCUUAGAACAUGGAUUUUCUCUCCAGGAGGUGAUUUUUUUACUUUAACAGCAUCUGUCAGAGUGGGUCCCUGAGCACCAACACUUUGUGACAUAAAAAAUUACCUGAAAAGUUA